GCUGUGGAGGAGCUGGCUGCCGGGAAGGGGGCGUGCGCCGCGGUCCGCUGCUGCCUGGAGGCCAAGCCCCGCGCCGGGCCGACCUCGUGCCUCGGGCUCUCCAGCACGCUACAGCACGCUCAGCCAGCGACCCCGGCUCUCUGCACCGUCCCCUCUGAGAGUCCACCCGCGACGAGCACACCAUGAGUCCAGGCCAGUGCGCCGGCGGCGACGCGCGUAAGGGCUGCCGGACGGGCGGCGGCGGCGGCGCGGGGCGUCCCGCGACGGCAGCCGGGGCCUGGGCGGUGAGCGCGCUGUGCCUGCUGCUUUCCGCCGGCUCGGCGGCCGCCUGCCUGCUGCUGGGCGUCCAGGCGGCCGCGCUGCAGGGCCGGGUGGCGGCGCUCGAGGAAGAGCGGGAGCUGCUGUGGCGCGCGGGGUCGCCGGACACCCUGGUCGCCUGGGCCGAGCCGCAACUGGAGCGCCUGCUGCGCGAGAAGAUGGAGGGACCAGUCAAGCUCCGGACAGUUCGAGAAGCAUCGACGGACUGUGUCUGUCCCCCAGGCCCCCCUGGACGGCGUGGCAAGCCUGGAAGAAGAGGUGAUCCCGGUCCUCCCGGGCAAUCAGGACGAGAUGGCUACCCGGGACCACUGGGUCUGGAUGGCAAGCCCGGACUUCCAGGCCCCAAAGGAGAAAAGGGUGCACCAGGAGACUUUGGCCCCCGGGGAGAUCAAGGGCAAGAUGGAGCUGCUGGGCCUCCAGGGCCCCCAGGACCCCCUGGGGCCCGGGGCCCUCCUGGCGACACUGGGAAAGAUGGCCCCAGGGGAGCACCAGGCCCAGUGGGUGCCAAAGGAGAAGCUGGACAAGAUGGCGAGACGGGCCCGAGUGGACCCCCAGGGCCCAAGGGGGAUGAUGGGACACCAGGCCAGCCAGGGCUCCCAGGACCCUCAGGGCCCAAGGGGGAGCCCGGCCAGCCAGGCGCCGAUGGAGCCACAGGGCCGCGGGGUGCCCCAGGCCUCAAGGGUGAGCAAGGAGACACGGUGGUAAUUGACUACGAUGGCAGGAUCUUGGAUGCCCUUAUGGGUCCUCCUGGGCCACAGGGGCCCCCCGGGCCACCAGGGAUCCCUGGAGCCAAGGGCGAACUCGGAUUGCCUGGUGCUCCAGGAAUCGACGGAGAGAAGGGUCCCAAAGGACAGAAAGGAGACCCAGGAGAAGCCGGGCCGAUAGGACCCAAAGGGGAAGCAGGAGAGAUGGGCCUGUCAGGCCUCCCGGGUGCCGACGGCCCCAAGGGGGAGAAGGGAGAUCCGGCAUCUGACAACCUACAGGAGAGCCUGGCCCAGAUCAUAGUGGAACCAGGGCCCCCAGGCCCCCCUGGUCCCCCAGGCCCCAUGGGCCUUCAGGGAAUCCAGGGUCCCAAGGGCUUGGACGGAGCAAAGGGAGAGAAGGGCAUGUCGGGUGAGAGAGGAUCCAGUGGCCUGCCUGGGCCAGCUGGCCCACCAGGCCUUAUUGGGCUGCCAGGAACCAAAGGAGAGAAGGGCCGACCCGGGGAGCCAGGACUAGAUGGUUUCCCUGGACCUCGAGGAGAGAAAGGCGACCGGAGCGAGCGUGGAGAGAAGGGGGAGCGCGGUGUCCCCGGUCGGAAAGGAAUGAAAGGCCAGAAGGGCGAGCCGGGACCCCCAGGCCUGGACCAGCCAUGUCCAGUGGGCCCUGAUGGGCUGCCCGUGCCUGGCUGCUGGCAUAAGCAGGGACCUGAUGGGACUUUGCCAGCCUGAGGAGAUGGACCCCAAGCUCAGAGUUGGCGUCUCACCGACCCCAAGGCUUCCACCCAGGGGAACUCUGGUCAGCCUGCCAAAAAUGAGUCCUCCGAGUGAGCUAUGCAAAUGAAGAGAGCCUCGGGGCUGCUUCCAGGCCUGCCUAAGUAGGGCACCUAUGCCCUGAGCCAGUGAUGCUCUGAGAAGAGGCUUCCCCACCUCUGACAAGGGUUCCCGGCCACCAGCUCCAGCCCAACCACUUGCCUACCCCCUCUGUGUAGAUGGAAAUUGUUGCGUGAAAUAAACAACAAAUGUGUGUCUUGGAUAUGCCUGUCCUUGCAGACUGCCCCUAGCACCAUACCUAGGUGAGGUUUCAGCCUGGCUUUUGCUGGGUGGGGAGGGAUAAGGGAACUCUCCUUGGGCCAGAGCCACCCCAGAAACCAGAGGAAGUAGUUCACAGCAAAGAUGGGGUUUAGAGUUAGGAAGACACAGACUCAAGGCCUAGCCCUGCUACAUACCAGCUGAGCCUUCUGUGCAGUCACCCAUGUCAGUGAGCCCCUGUGUUUCCUCUGAACUCAUGACCCAUGACUGCUGCAUAACAAAUCACCCUAAAAUUUGUUGCCUUAAAACAAUGAU